GCAUUUUUAUCUAUAAAUAACGCAAAACACGAGCUCCAUAAACUCGUGCUUCUCUCUUCUUCUUCUACCUCUGCUAGAAACGGAAGGAUUUUAAAACAACGAACCAGUCUUCGUAUACCUUCCGCUUCUUUCUCCGCAAGAACAAUGGCAUCUCAUAUUGUUGGAUACCCUCGCAUGGGCCCCAAGAGAGAGCUCAAGUUUGCAUUGGAAUCUUUCUGGGAUAAGAAGAGCACUGCUCAAGAUUUGGAGAAGGUGUCAUCAGAUCUCAGGGAGUCUAUCUGGAAGCAGAUGGCUGCCGCUGGGAUCAAAUAUAUCCCCAGCAAUACCUUCUCCUACUAUGACCAGGUUCUUGACACUACAGCAAUGCUCGGUGCUGUUCCACCUAGAUAUGGAUGGAACGGUGGUGAGAUCGGAUUCGAUGUUUACUUCUCCAUGGCCAGAGGAAAUGCAACUGUUCCAGCUAUGGAAAUGACCAAGUGGUUUGACACCAACUACCAUUUUAUCGUCCCUGAAUUGGGCCCAGAGGUCAACUUUUCUUACGCUUCACACAAGGCAGUGACUGAAUAUAAGGAGGCCAAGGCGCAUGGAGUUGACACCGUUCCUGUCCUUGUUGGCCCUGUCUCUUACUUGUUGCUCUCAAAACCUGCCAAGGGUGUGGAGAAGAACUUUUCUCUUCUCUCCCUCCUUGAUAAAAUCCUCCCAGUUUACAAGGAGGUUAUUUCUGAACUUAAAGCAGCUGGUGCAUCCUGGAUUCAGUUUGAUGAGCCCACACUUGUGAUGGAUCUUGAGUCUCACAAAUUGCAAGCAUUUACUGAUGCUUACUCCUCAUUGGAGUCGACUCUUUCUGGCGUGAAUGUUCUCAUUGAGACAUACUUUGCUGAUAUUCCAUCUGAGGCAUUCAAGACCCUCACAUCUUUGAAGGGUGUUACUGGAUUUGGUUUUGAUUUGGUCCGUGGAACUAAGACCCUUGAUUUGAUCAAGAGUGAAUUCCCCAAGGGAAAAUACCUAUUCGCUGGAGUAGUCGAUGGAAGGAACAUCUGGGCCAAUGAUCUUGCUGCCUCUCUUAGCACCCUGCAUGAGCUUGAGGGCAUUGUGGGCAAGGAUAAACUUGUCGUCUCUACCUCUUCAUCACUUCUUCACACUGCUGUUGAUCUUGUCAAUGAGACUAAAUUGGACCAAGAAAUCAAGUCAUGGCUUGCAUUUGCUGCCCAGAAAGUUGUUGAAGCUAAUGCUUUGGCCAAGGCUUUGGCUGGUUCUAAAGAUGAGGCUUUCUUUUCUGCUAAUGCUGCUGCUCAGGCCUCAAGGAAGUCAUCACCAAGAGUAAACAAUGAGGCUGUUCAGAAGGCGGCUGCUGCUUUGAAGGGAUCUGACCACCGCCGUGCUACAAAUGUUAGUGCCAGAUUAGAUGCUCAACAGAAGAAGCUUAACCUUCCAAUCCUUCCAACUACCACAAUUGGGUCCUUCCCACAGACCAUUGAACUAAGGAGAGUCCGCCGUGAAUACAAGGCUAAAAAGAUCUCUGAGGAAGAGUAUGUUAAGGCCAUCAAAGAGGAAAUUAACAAAGUUGUCAAACUCCAAGAGGAGCUUGAUAUUGAUGUUCUAGUCCAUGGAGAACCUGAGAGAAACGAUAUGGUUGAGUACUUCGGAGAGCAGUUGUCCGGUUUUGCCUUUACUGUCAAUGGAUGGGUCCAAUCUUAUGGAUCACGAUGUGUGAAGCCACCAAUCAUCUAUGGUGACGUUAGCCGCCCCAACCCAAUGACUGUUUUCUGGUCCUCUACAGCUCAAAGCAUGACUUCCCGCCCAAUGAAGGGAAUGCUUACAGGCCCUGUCACUAUUCUUAACUGGUCCUUCGUCAGAAAUGACCAGCCAAGAUUUGAGACCUGCUACCAGAUUGCUUUGGCCAUCAAGGAUGAAGUGGAGGAUCUCGAGAAGGCUAACAUCAAUGUUAUUCAAAUUGACGAGGCUGCUUUGAGAGAAGGGUUGCCUCUUAGGAAGUCCGAGCAAGCUUUCUACUUGGAUUGGGCAGUGCACUCCUUUAGAAUCACUAAUGUCGGAGUUCAGGACACCACCCAGAUCCACACUCACAUGUGCUACUCCAACUUCAACGACAUUAUCCACUCGAUCAUUGACAUGGAUGCUGAUGUGAUUACUAUUGAGAACUCUCGAUCUGAUGAGAAGCUCCUGUCAGUGUUCCGUGAGGGAGUCAAGUACGGAGCUGGCAUUGGCCCCGGUGUGUACGAUAUCCACUCUCCAAGAAUACCAUCAAGUGAGGAAAUUGCCGACAGAAUCAACAAGAUGCUUGCAGUUCUUGAGAUGAACGUCUUGUGGGUUAACCCCGAUUGUGGUCUUAAGACCCGUAAGUACACCGAGGUGAAGCCCGCUCUGCAGAACAUGGUUGCAGCAGCCAAGCUCCUCCGUACCGAGCUUGCCAGUGCCAAGUGAGUUGAUUCCUACUGAAAGAGAAGGAAGAAGUGAGCGAUUCAAUUGCUAUGGUUGUACGAUGAAUUAAAUACUUAGUAGGCAUAAUAUGCCCAGAGGGCCAUGAUUUUUUUUUUCUCAACUUUUUUGUUAUAUUUUUUUUAAUUGAAUAUUUUGUAUUUUGGCUUUUGCCUUCAAUUUAUUUGAAAGGCGUUAAAAAAUGUCUGCCUACUGUUUCUAGUCAUGGAAAUCGUUUGGAAUGCCAUUACCAGUUUGUAA